GAGCAGCACCGCAGUUGCGGAGCGGGUUGUUGAGAGGAAAGGACAGGAGUUGAUUCACUGUAACACUGCUGACUGUUAUUUCCUCCCGGGUGUUACUGUGUGCACACAGAGAGAGAGGGGACACAAAGUGGCCUGAGGGUGGGGAGAUUAGCACCAGGCAAGCCUGGGGAGGGGGAGGGGGAUUUGUGUGCAAUCCCCUGGUGCCCCCUAUACUUUACAGUGUGCCUCUCCUCCUCUGGCUUUGAGCUGGGCCUUUACCCAUUGAGGAAAAUGGUUCGCAUUCUCGCCAACGGAGAGAUCGUGCAGAAUGAUGAUCCCCGCGUUCGCACAGCGCCGCAGAGACGGGAGGAUCUGAACAGACCCCGGCAGGGAUAUGUUCAUAACUCUGAAAAUGCAAACCAAUUUUAUCAGGGACAAACCAAUCAAGGUCACUCGCUGUUUGCCAAUCUGAACCAACAACUGAUUAACAUGGGAUUUCCACGUUGGAAUCUGGGAAAUCAAGUCAUUGAGCCACUCAUCUCUGUCCUCUUGAUCCUAUUGCUAAUGAUGUUCGGAAUGCGCGGUCUUCUCCUCAUUGGUGGGCUGUACUUCUUUUCCCAAUUUUACUGAGCGGUAAUUCAGUCAGUUGCAGAGGCUUUUUUUAUUUGACUCUGUACAAGUCUACAUGAAUUUUUUUUUUCUUUUUCUUCCUAAUUAUAAAACUGGUGAUCUGAUAAUACUUACAGUUGACUACAUAUAAAAAAAGAAGAGGGUUUGUUUAAAUGCCAGUUGUCUGGGAUUUCUGCUGAUCUUUCCUCUUUGGAUUCUCUUCGAACAACUCUUGCACAAAAGUGGACUCUGGGAACAACAUUAUUCCUUGUUUAUAUUGUUUUAAUCGCAACUACAUUGUUGAAUCUGUCGUUUGCUGAGUUUGUUCAAGUUCACCAGUCAGAAAAAUUGAAGUUGGUACGCUGGUGGACAUGGUGUUCACACGUGUCCUGUAGGGAAGCACUUCCUUACAAAUUUCCUUAUCAUUGGCUACAAGUUGCCAUCCAGGAACCCCAACACCUUGAUGUGAAACAAUAUCACCAUUCUUUCACUGAAGCUGAGUCAAAUUCCUCCCUAACAUCAGUAUGGACUACAAUGGUUCAAGAAGACAUAUCACCAUCACCUUCUUGAGGGGCUACAAGGAAUGGUAAUAUGUGAUGGUGAGCCAGCAACAUCCCAUGAGAGAAUAACCUUUUAAAACCCCAGCCUGACAUACAAGUGACUCCAGUCCCUUACCAAUUUUUUGAAUUCUGACUAAUUCUGAAAAGGUUCCCACACAUUGUUUCCCACUCAGUGGACCACUGCAUCAUCUCAUUGUUCCCAAUGCUCAGAAUUCAUGAUAGGCUUCAGAGCUGGAUAUUCAAAUUCCAACUGAGGGAAACCCUGGAUAAAAGCUCCUGACAUACUGCAGGAUAGUUGGUGGUAACAAAGUUAGCGUUUCAUAAUCAAAUCUUUGGACUUGCAUCAAACUUGCUGAUGAACAAAUGUCAUUUUUCUGGCACUGAAAAUUUGAUGAAUUUCCUGGGAAUUAACUGGAUAAAAUUUCACCCAUUUUCACUUUUGGUCCAUUUUAAUUGAAACUCCGUCUGUAAUUUCAACCCCUGCCUCUUGCUCGAUUUUCUUUCGAGUAUGUCACCAGAAACCCUGCCCUCCCUCAACGGUAACUUAAUUUUCUUACAAAGUUUCUAAGUACAAUUUCCAACCCCCCUCACUAACCCCUGCCUUUGCUGAUUCCGUUCUGAAUUGGAGCCUGAUGACUGACCCCAGGAAAGCCUCUAACUUCUGCUUACGCCCUCACGAAGAUCUCAGCCUACCCAGCUCCUACAGUGUUGAGGAGAAUCACCCACAUUACCUCCUGCUCCAAUAUGUUGCAAGGAAGUCCCAACUACAUCCGACACUCUGUUCGCAUUGUGAGGUGUAGUGACAGCCCCAGCGCAAGAUGUGUGGAUUCCACCUGACAAUUUUUGCAAACUGUUGGGGUGGUUCCCUGACUGAGUGGCCGGGGUAGAGACCGGACUGUACCUUUCCCAACCACUGUUAGGCUUGCAACAGAGCCACCCAACCUCAUCAGACGAGAUGCAAACUCUGGUACAGCAUCUUCACAGUACUGUGCAUUUGGACAUCACCGAGCUGCACAGUUGCCCUCGGGAAGUCUCUCUGCUGGGCUGCAAAAGUCCAGAGUUUUCCUUCAUAUUCCCAAUGUGUCCCCCGUGCGCUUGGCUGUAUGGUGCCAGUUUCAGUUGAGCCAGUGGAGAAAUGAAAUGAAGGUUGAUUAGUCCUCAUUCAGUUGAAUUGCAUGUUCAUUAAUUCGGACCUCUCCUCAGGGUGAUGGGUGCCUUUGCUUCACCAAAAAUUUCCUCCUUUCACCCAACUCUGAUCAAAAGUCACAUGAUACCAGAUUAUAGUCCAACAGAUUUAUUUAAAAUCACAUUUGUCACUUGAGAAACGAACUGCACUCUGAAAGCUUGUGAUUUUAAAUAAACCUGUUGGACUAUAACCUGGUGGCAUGUGACAAUUGGCUUUGUCCACCCCAGUCCAUCACCAGUAUCUCCACAUCAAGCCAACUUUGAUGAACUAGAACGGUACAAAGAUUCGUAGACUGAAUAUGAGUGGGAAAUCUUUACAAACAACAGUUUAUAAAUUACAGAAGACCAACAAUUUUAGUAUUGCUAAAUUAAGAUGCAAUUUCUUGAACUUUUCGUCUGGCACAUUCAGGACAUUUUACAAGAAUACAAAUUCAAGGGGAAAAUCAACAUUGUACACUGCAUGAGAGUAAAGGGCUCAUUUGUUGGCAAAUGAAUUCUGGUUGGUAGAGGCAUUGCUGAUGUGCUGAUUGACAGACAAUCGCCAGGCUUUAUUAAAUUUGAGUUUGAAUUUUUAUUUUUGUGAAAUGCCCUGAUUGCGAGAGGAAACACUUUCUCAAAAUGUGUCUUUUGUCAGCAGUAGCAAGUUUUCGUUUUACCAGGUGACUAUUAAAAGACAAACAAAUAAAUCUUAUUGUAUCCUUUAUAAUAUAAACAAUGCACAGUAUGAUUGUAUAUCUGAUUUGUAUGACACUUUAAAAACUUACAUUUUGGAACAUGUCUCUGAUGAAUUUAGGUAUGUGCUGCUUUUUCUCAAAGAGUCGAGUGAUUUUUGGCUUCUUGUUUUGAAUACACUUCACAGGGGUGUGGGGGGGCGUGGUUUUGCAGAGCAGAAUUUUUCAAGAAUGGAUAGGAAUUAGAGAACUAACUAAUUAUUGAAUAAAAGUCUUUCUGAUUCUUCAGUC